AUGUUUCCAAUGAGGGUAAUUGUGGAAACUGUUCGUUCACAACAUUGUCUAAGUUGCUCACACGAAGGACACAUGAUAACUGAUACAUAUGCGAUUGUUGCCGGGACAACCACAUUAAGCCAGCUUGUCGAUACAGUUUUAGCAGCUUUAGGCCAUUCGAGCAUGUCUACCAGUGCACGAGGUCUUAUACAAGUCAACAACUGGAAGCCACUGCCGUUUGAUCAAAUUACUGAAAAUUUGGAAGAAACUGUAGAAAACUUGUUUAAAGACAUCUCAUCACACGUGGUUCUCAAAAUACUGUCAAAACCGACGACGGAUGCAAACGCUGUGCAAUGUAUAAGCGAGGUAAAAAACAAGCUUCUAAAAGCAGCAGUGAACAAAAAUCCAAGCGUAAUGACCAGUGUCGACAAUCAACAGGUUAAAGAAGUCAUCAACACAAUUAUCGCAGGAGACGAAACCCUUCUUAACUCUGAGCAAAUUGGCGCUGUAAAUGAGUGGCUCGAUACCCUUGAAAUCGCGGAAGAUCGAAGAAGUCCGACACAAGUGCAACGAUUCAACACAAUCUUCGAGAUUCCUCGGCUGGAAAAAUGGUUCAAGCAGGAUGCGAACCCAUCGAAACAGAAAAUGAACAACUAUCUCAAUCAGCUCAAUCAAAGUCCAUUCAGAAGAAAUAAUGCGAAAAUCAACUAUCAACAGAUCUGCAAUUGGUUUUCUCAAAAACGUGCCAGCAAUAGGAGCACAAUCACUCCAGUGGACCCAGUUCAAAUCCCACCCACAUCGGCACCAGCAAAUCAAUUCUUACCGGGACUUCAGUUGAAUUUGCUUCAAAGUCUCUUUGGCGAUGCGCAGCGUCCAAAAUUUGAUUUCUCCAUCAUGAACGAGAAGCUCGAUGAAAACAGAAUCUUGGGAGGAUCUGACUCUCCAUCUCCAGCCGAUGAUGAAAUCCACAGCAAUUCUGAUGAGACUAUCCAGGAUAGUGGUUUCCCUAUGAUCAUCAAGACCGAGCCGGAAAUGGAAUCUAGCGCGUCUUCUCCAGAAAUGACCAACUCGAUGCGCGAAUCUCUCUCCUCAACUUCCCCAAAGUUGAUCAGUGGAUUGGAUCUUGGAUCGUUCAGCACCCAUUCGUCUUCCACCAACUCGAUGUCAAAUGUCAACUCAUCAGUUUUUUCAGCAGCUCGCUCUCGUCUCAUGUUCGAUCCACUCACCGAAUUGCCAGUCCUCGAGAAGUGGUUCGAGGAGAACCCACACCCAACCUGGAUGCAAAUCGAUCAAUACACUCAAUUCUUGAACCAAUGUGCCUACCGGGAAAACUACCCGCAUAUCAGUCAACACAACGUCAAGAUUUGGUUCAAGAACAGACGUGCAAAAUGCAAAAGAUUGUUGAAUGGGAUGCAGGAAAAAAUCGAACAAAAGUUCUCCUUUUGUGCUGACACCUUUACUUUCUACGUCGACAAUUUCAUCAACGAAUUUUUUGUCAUUAUCAACACACUUGACGCACUCAAUCCGCGAGCAACAGUUUAUAAUCCGAUUGGAGGAGAAGUUUCUUCAUGUCAGGAUUAUUCAACGUCCGCAACGCAAACCAUUCAUCUUAUCUGCAACGGAAAAAGCCUUCAUGGAACAGGGACGUAUACAGUCCAACUGACAGCUGAUUUGAAUAAACCAUGUAUUUUCGAAAUUCGUGCUCCAACAAAACUCACUGUUGAUGGUGGAUUCGUGGAAGAUGUUCGUGAUGAUGAUGUUCAACAGAUUGUGCUCUCUACUGCAAACCAAGGAAUUUUCCGAUUCCCAAUUGAAAACCAAGCUUCUUACUUAGCAUUCAAAGUGGAAAGUGAAGAAUUCCCAGUUCAUCCAGACGAAGUUCAUUUGUACACAAAUGGGUUAUUUGAUAUCAAAAUGGACCUGAGCACGAGGUAG